CGCCCAGGCAGCCCCCGGCAGGCUGAUGAUCCGGCCAGAGGUCAGGCCGGGGAUGUGCCCAGACCUUGAGGUGUGGGCACUGUCCCCAGGUCCCCCGCUGUGCGAAUUCCAGAACGGGAUGAUGCCUUGCCGGCCCCCGGUCGGAGCUGGCGAGGCGAGCGCUUGGUUCCCAAGACCCUCUGAGGUCGCCUUCCCCGGGCCCUGCAUCGUCCUGCAGUGCAUCCCGAUGCUGGCGCUGCCAGAAGACGUCUCUGCCGUAGAGAAGGAGAUGGAGCAGUUGGCCAAGGAGCUGAGGCAGAAGAGGAUGACCCUCGGGUACUCUCAGGCUGACGUGGGGUUGCUCAUGGGGGAUCUUUUUGGAAGGGCGCUGAGCCAGACGACCAUCUGCCACUUCGAGGCCCAGCAGUUGAGCCUCACCAACAUGUGGAAGCUGCGACUGCUGCUGAAGAUGUGGCUGGAGCAAGUGGACAUGGAGAACCUUCUGGGCUUAUGCAAAAUAGAGACGAUCCUGCAGCAGGCUGGGAAGCGCAGACGGGCAUACAGGGAGAGACGCAUCGGAAACAGCCUGGAGAAACCCUUCCUGCAGUGCCAGAAGCCCACACCCCAGCAGAUCAGCUGCAUCGCUGGGCAGCUCCGGCUGCAGAAGGACUUCGUCCAAGUUUGGUUCCAUAACUGGAGCAAGAUGGGCAGUCGGCCAAGCAAUGAUUUCUCCCCA